AUGCCAGUAUUAGAGGGGCUCUGGGGCCCAGAUCUUAGGAUGCGGGACUCUGGUCUUGGUGUCGGGGUUGACGUUGGCGUCUGUCCAGAUGAGGCUUCCCGCUCACCAGUGUGGGGUCCUCUCAGGACUCCUCCAGUUACUUGUGGGGGCCUGUCGCUGGCCCUGGAACUUCCGGCUCUCAUACGGCAGCUCAGGGCAGCCUGGAGGGCGCGCAGGGGAGGCCCUCGGGGGUCUGAGAGAAGUGAGGCGAGCACUUGGGUGGAAGCAGAGAAGGAGGAGGUAGAGGAGGGGAAGCAGGACAUAGAGGACAGGAGCAUACAUCUGGAAGCUGAUGGCAGACUGAACACUGGUCAUGCUGGUGUGUUGCUGGCUGAGAGACGAGGCUCCUACCCGCUGAUUGACCUGCACAUCCUGAAAACCAGUGCCCAGCAGGGGGAGGUAGAGUCCGGCAACAGGAGAAAGGUGAAGCGUCUGCUGAGCUUCCAGAGAUACUGUCACGCCUCCAGGCUGCUCAGGGGUUUAGUGCCCCACACCCCCGGGUCCCUACACCUGCUGGACGACGACUAUCUAGGACAAGCUGGGCAUAUGCUAUCAAAAGUAGGCACAUGGAACUUUGACAUUUUCCUCUUUGAUCGUCUUACAAAUGGUAACAGCCUGGUGACGCUUAUGUGCCAUCUCUUCAAUGUCUACGGUCUCAUUCAUCACUUCCAGCUGGACAUGGUCAAACUGCACAGGUUUCUGGGCAUGGUGCAGGAGGACUACCACUCCCAGAAUCCCUAUCACAAUGCUGUUCAUGCAGCGGAUGUCACUCAAGCCAUGUACUGCUAUCUGAAGGAGCCCAAGCUGGCAGAGCAGCUGAGCCCACUGGAUGUGUUCCUGGGUCUGAUGGCAGCAGCCGCCCACGAUGUGGACCAUCCUGGAGUCAACCAGCCAUUCCUCAUCAAGACCAGACACCACCUGGCAUCCCUCUACCAGAACACAUCUGUACUGGAGAGUCACCACUGGAGGUCCACUGUAGGCAUGCUGCGAGAGUCAGGACUUCUGUCCCACCUGCCUGCUGACAUGUGGCAGGACAUGGAGCAGCAGCUGGGCUCUCUCAUCCUGGCUACGGACAUCAGCCGGCAGAACGAGUUCCUGUUGACCUUCAGAGAACAUCUGGACAACCAGGACCUGGACCUUCAACUGGCUUCACACAGGCAUUUUAUGCUGCAGAUCGCUCUGAAGUGUGCUGACGUCUGUAACCCGUGUCGGGUUUGGGAGCUGAGCAGACAGUGGAGUGAGAGGGUAUGUGAGGAAUUCUACAGGCAGGGUGACCUGGAGAGAAAGUUUGACUUGGAGAUCAGUCCUCUGUGUAACCAGCAGGCGGACUCUGUCCCAGCCAUCCAGAUAGGUUUUAUCUCCUACAUUGUGCAGCCUCUGUUUGAGGAGUGGUACCGCUUCACUGAGCCCAGCCUGCUCAGCCAGACCAUGACGGGUCACCUGCACAAGAACAAGGCCCGCUGGAGCCGCCUUCGUUACACACACACACAUUUAGACACGCAAACACACCCCCACAUUGAUGAGCCUGAGCCUGAAGGAGGAGGUGGAGAGGGAGAAAGCAUCCCUUAAUCUUCCUCUUGUUUCUUGGGGUGUUUCAUCUUCCUUUGUAAAUGGAGGAGGAGUGUUUAUGAGGCUCCUUGUUUGUCCUCCAGUGUAUUUCCUCCCACUCGUGGGUGUACGCGGGCUCUGAAAGUGGGAGCGCAGGAUGGGAGUCUGGCCUGGGUUAGUGAGGAAUGGCUCCCUCAGCACUGCAGGAAAAAAAAAAAGAAGAUGGAGACAGAUCCAUGGUAGAGCAGAUGGAUUGAUAAUCUUAGUAAAUAAAUGCCAAUUUGACAAAGUCAUGCCUUGCUCUUUAACCCUGAUAUCUGCUUCAAAGUUACUGAGACGCAGAUACAGGACGGGAAGGUUAUGGCUGAUGGCAGAAGAGGGAUCAGCAAAGACGAAUAUUAAUGUGUCUGCACAAUGCUGCUAGAAGAAUAAAGAAAAGCCAAAAUUAUAUACAAAUUUAAUAAGUCAGCUGGACUGUGCUGAAAAAGAUGCUAUAAAAUAUAUGAAAGAUUAUGAAAGGAAUAUAUUAAUAUAUCAACUAUACUAUGCUUUUUAAAGUUUUAGACAAUACAUAUUAAGCUCUUUUCACUUUUUCUCUUUUUUUGUACAGCUUGCACUUCUAUUGGAUGCUCUUUCAUACAAGUGUCUCACUUGUCUACUUUUCACUGAAGUGCGUUUUAACUCGAGCACUAAGUUGGUAUUUCAAGGUAUUGUAAACUGUAACACGUAUUCUGUUUUAACUGUGUAACCUGUAAGACUGACCCAUACAAUUAAUGACUGACACAAAGUGGCUUCAGCUGCUGUUGCCGAGUUGCUUGAAUUCUGAUAUCAACCCUCCGCUGGAUGUUUUUGACUUGACCCGACUCACCGACGUGGAGAACACAAACAUGUAAUGUUCUAAACAGUAUAAUCUUUUCAUACUGUGAUGUACGACCUCAGCACUUCACAUGCCAAAACACACCACAAGCAAUGUUAUCAACCGUUUUACUGCAUAUGGAUAUUGGGAAACAUAACUCUCCUUACACUGGUGUUACCUUUGUAACAACUUAAUGGGUGCAUUUAUUUAUCUGAUAACCUCACUUUACAAGCUCAUACACAACAAAGCCUUAACAGCAACUUGGUCUGUCUAUGAAACACAUUUUGUAAUGGUGUUUCACCAUUUUCUGGACAAGCUUUCUUACAUGAUCAAACUGUUGUUGCCUGUUUUUCUUCAGCCAUACCAGCAUACUUAAACACACACACACACACACA